AUGGAGGGGAAAACGCUAACGGUGUCUGCCUCUGUCCUGAUGAAUGGACUGGUGAGACAUGCUCAGAAGCUGACCAGUCCAGCUGAUUUAGAGUUGCUGGCAACCAGCACUCAGAUUCUGACAUCCAACCCAGAAGAGCUGACGGCCGAAAAUGUUACAGCAGCAGCUGAGAUCGCUAACACACUGCUGUUGUCUGCAAACGCCACAGAGAGUGUCAGAGUGGCUGCAGUAGCAACAGUGAGUCAGCUGCUGAACACCACUGUACCAGAUGGCACAGAGGAAAACAACACAACUCUGGGGCUGACGGUGACUCUGGACCAGCUCUCUGUGAACCUCAGCCUCAGUCUCAAUGCAUCUCAAUCUCAGGUGGUUCAGCCAAACCUGGUGGUCCAGUCGGCACAGAUCCCUGCUGCAAACACUCAGGGAGUCCAGUUCACUUCUCUUAGAGGGACGUCUGGCAGUUUUGUAGCUGACAGAAUUCAGCUGAACACAAAUGCAACACAGGUUGUGGUGGAAAACGGUUUCAGAGCCGAUGCCCUCAUUUAUGUACAAUUCCCUCGAGGCGAAGGUGUUAGAAGUCGUCAGACAGACUCAAACGUCUCUCUGGGUUUCGUUCUCUAUCAGAACGAUCGUUUCUUCCGUUCAAAACUCUACACGAGGCGACGGGCCACCAUCAGGGUCCUGUCAGCCAGCAUCAGAGGGCAGGAACCCAACGUGGUGCCACAACAUGUGGAGAUGCUAUUCAGGCCAAGAGUGAUUAAUGGGACGUCUCUGUACGACUUCUCUUGUGUUUUCUGGAACUACAGUCAGAAGGACUGGAGCACCAAUGGCUGCUCUAAAGGAAACACUUCAGAUGGACUCAUGAGAUGUUUCUGUAACCACACCACCAACUUUGCUGCUCUCUGGUCAUACAGAGAGAACUACGAGUAUGCAGAAGCUCUGGGUGUGAUCUCCAUUGUGGGACUUUCUCUUUCUAUUCUAGGUUUGGUUGUGACGAUCAUUUAUCACAUUAAAGAAAACUUCUUCAGGAAGUCUCGUGGGCUACAAAGUAACCUGAAUUCAAAGCUGGCUCUGCUGUGCAUCUACCUAAGCCUGCUGGCCUUCAUCAUCACCUUCCUCUCUGGAGUCCAAAACUCCAGCAGACAGAACGACACUGAGGUGCAGAUUCACGAUCAGACCAACGACCUCCUGAACUCUGAUGAACACAUAGAACCGGACCGCGGCUCUUGUACGGCUGUAGCGGCUCUGCUGCACUUCCUCCUGAUGGCCACCUUCAUGUGGAACAGUGUAUACAGCACUCAGCUGGUGCUGCUGGUCCGGUCAAUGCGCCGCAGCCUGCCAACGCACUGGACUCCACUGAGUGUGACUCUGGGAUGGGGAGUGCCAGCAUGUUUCAUGGUCAUCACACUGGGGGUGAGCUACAGGGUGGACAAUCCGCUGGGAUACAGACAAGAGGAAUUUUGUUGGCUGGCAGCGUUGGAUAAGAACAAACAGUUCAACUUUGGGAAGCCAAUGUUUUGGGCUUUCCUUCUUCCUAUCGGCCUGAUCCUGAUUUACAACAUUGUCCUGUUGGUUCUCACCUCCAUGACCACAUGCAAAGUUGAUCCCAAACUGAGCAGCAACAAGAAGUCAUCUUUAAGCAGGAAGUUCCUCAUCAGUUUAUCUCUGGCGGUGUUACUCGGUCUGUCCUGGACUCUGGGAUAUUUCGUGCUGCUCAGUUCAGAAAAAACACACCUGGUCUUCAGCAUUUUGUUCUACAUCUGUACAACCACACAGGGUUUACAAAUUUUCCUCCUCUUCACAGCCCGAACACGGGCCUUCAGAGCCUCCAUGUCACGGUCCAUGCAGUACAUUUCCUCAGUCAACAUCCCUCUGAACAACACAAAGUACAAUCUGUGGAAGAAGUGGAAUACCUGGAAUAUGAGCCAAUCGGAGACCUACAGGGAUCUGAGUGGCACUGAAAUGACCACCAGCGAAACCCUGUAG